AUGGUGUGUCAGUCACCUGGUAAGACAAGAUUUAGAGCAUUGAAAUACGAGACAGGAGACGCUAACAGACCAACCAUUGUAGUUAGAUUUAUUGCAUGCUUUCAACCCAUGGAUAAUUGCCAGGCUGAAUACUUCAGACUUCUACUCAAACCAGUCACGUAG